AUGAUGCUACCAUUAAUUAAUAGUGAUUGUGAUGGAGAAUUUAAAAUUAUGUGUUAUUUUUCAUCUUGGACUGGUAUUCAUCCAGAUGCAAAAAAUUGUACACAUAUUGUUUAUACAUUUGCACGUAUCGAAGAUGAUAAUACACUUACUGGUGUAUGGAAUAAUCCAUUGAAAGAUUUUAAAAAUACGAAAGAUCCAACAUUAAAAGUUUUAUUAGCUAUUGGUGGUCAAGAUUAUGCAAUUAAACGUGCAAGUGAAAUGAUGUCGAAGGAUGAAUAUCGUCAAAAAUUUGUUAUUUCAACAACUAAACUUUUACGAACGCAUGAAUUUGAUGGACUUGAUUUAAAUUUUGAACCAAGUGAAGCUUUAGGACCACCAUCAACACCUACUCCACAAUUAAUUGAAGAUAAAAAAAGAUUAUCAACGUUGUGUAAAGAUUUACAAGAAGAAUAUGCUGAAGAAGCUGGUCGAACAGGACGACCUCGUUUAUUACUUACUGUUACUAUUUCUGGAAUAAAACAACAACUUGAAUCACGUUUUGAUUUAAAUGAAUUGUCUAAAUGUGCUGAUUGGCUUAAUGUUCAAACAUUUGAUUAUCGAGGUUCACGAGAUAAAAUUGCUGAACAUCAUAGUCCUUUAAUGCAAGCAACAAGUGCUGAAGGCGAUGAUAAAGAUUUAAAUCAGGAUUCAGUAAUUAAAUAUUUAACUAAUGCUGGCAUUGAACCAUCGAAAUUAUUAGUUGGUCUUCCAGCAUUUGGAAAGAAAUUUCGUUUAACGAGUGAUUUACAUGAUCUUGGAAGUCCUGCUACAUGUGUAGGCAGUGUGCCUUAUACUGAACUUUGUCGAAAUAUGAUGUCUGGUUGGCAAAGAGUGUUUCUUGAUGAUCGUAAAGUACCUAUAAUGAUAAAAGGCGAUGAAGUUAUUGGUUAUGAUGAUCUUCAAAGUAUGGAAUUAAAAAUCAAUUAUGCUAAAGAACAACGUCUUGGUGGUAUUUUUAUUUAUCCAGUUAAUUAUGAUGAUAGUUCAGGUCAAUCAUGUAAUCAAGGAAAAUUUCCAAUUGUUUCACUUGUUAAACGUUUAACAUCAAAUUAUACUGUUUCAUGUUUACCACCAACUACACCACCUGUGAAUACUACAGUAUCACCAAAAAAUCGUACAAAAGUCAUAACUCCAAAAUGGAGAUCAUCACGUCCAGAUCAUAUAAUACCUGGAUUCGGUCAUAUUAGAUAUACUACUCGAAAAUCAUCUAACAUCAGUUAUUUAUUAACAUCAACGUAUACAACUAUAGGCCUUUAUUCUAUCGUUCUAAUUCUUUUUCUUGUGUAA